UCUAAAUUUAACAAGUGGCAGCAGCCCUAGUGCUGUUACUCAAAAAUUUACAUAUGUUUGAAUUUGCGAAAGUAACUGGUUUUAUUUUGGGACCUUUCAAGUACCAAUCCAAGACAUGGAUGUCCGUAGAAGAGACCGGACAAGGGUAAAGUUCACCCGUCGCACUUACCUUGUAUUGACGUUAAUUUUGGCAAUUUCCUUCCUCCAAUGGGGUGUGGUCUCGAUAAUGUUGGAAACUCGUCAGAAAUUCCAAGAGUUUUCCAUUUGGUGCCCAAUCACAUUUUGCCUGGCAGUUGCACUUUUCUGCGUAUUUAUAUUAGUUGGGUAUAUUCGCAGUCACAUUAUUUUUAAAUGGGUAAUGGCUGUAGUUAUAGUUGAGCUAUAUGUGAUCGCGAUGUUUAUCCUGGUGAUAACAAGUUGGUUGCCGGAAGUGCUGGUUUAUUUCGUUAUCUGCGUGCUCUCCAUGAUCGUGGCCCUGGUUAUUGGUUGUAAUCUCUCCUUUUCGAUGGAUAUGACUCAGAGUAUUGCACCGAUUUUCAUCACAUGCUAUAUUCUGGUUGCCGCCUCGAUGUACGCACUAAUGAUUCAUUUGUAUAAUGUGCAUCCAGAGCCUUAUGCCUUUAUGGUCUUUGAGAUUAUUCUUCACUUGGUGAUGUUGUUGCUUGUAAUGCUGCAUGCGCAAACGAUCAGAGGAGAUCGAUUUAUACAAAUGAGUACCGAUGACUAUCUGCUGGCCGCCUUGCUGCUGUACCAUGAAUUUCUCGCCAUAUAUGCCAUGACAUUUUAUUGGCAAAUUAACUAUUCAUUUUUCACAUCAAAGGACUUUUUCUGGUUAUCGACGAGUAUACCAGGGUCGACAAUGAGGAAUCCACAAACACAACCCAAUAUAGCUCCAUUAGAUGAUAUCGAUGCGGGUUCUGAUUAUAACUUGGAUUUCGAUGACUACGACAAGAAGCCUUCCGAUUGAUGAGGAGCCAAGAGGUGCAACAAGUAAAUGCUUCAAUCAAGUUAGCUGGGAGAUGGCAAUUACAAUUUUAUUUCAAUUUACACAACCCGGCG